AUGUUACGGAUCUGUUUGAGUCACUGCUCGCGAAGGACUUCCAUUGUGAGCUUCGGAGGUUGGCGGAGCCGGCGGGCGCCCUUUUCCGCCUCUGCUUGUGUCAUGGAGCCUCGCUUCAGCCUUUCUCCCCGCGACCACAGCCUCUUCGAUCAGCCGCUGGCCAUCUCGGUAGAAGGGCUCCAGCCCCAGCAGGAGAUCGGGCUCCGCGCCUCCCUGGAGGAUGAGAAGGGGGAGCGCUUCGAGUCGCACGCCUUCUACCGAGCAGACGGCGAGGGGCGGCUGGAUCUGCAGCGCUCGCCGGCGCUCGAAGGCGGGACCUUCUCAGGUUUGGAGCCGAUGGGCCUGCUGUGGUCGAUGCAGCCGCUAAAACCCCUCAGGCGCCUGGUGAAGCGCGACGUCGAGCGCCCCCUUCGCCUGGAGCUGGAGGUAUUGGAAAGGCUGGGAACGUCUCUGUCUGGUCGCGUCCUGGCCAAGGCCUCCCACGAACGGAGAUUCCUGGGCGACGGGGUGAAGAGACUCCCGGUGCGGGAAGGGAACGUCCGGGCCACUCUUUUCCAGCCACCCGGUAAAGGCCCCUUUCCAGGUAUCAUUCAGGUACCUGGAACUGGAGGAGGCACUCCAGAAAGUUCAGCAUGUCUGAUGGCCAAUCAUGGCUUUGCCGUAUUAGCUUUGGCCUAUUAUGGGUAUGAAGAUCUUCCUAAGGACAUACUGGAUUUGCGUCUGGAGUACUUUGAAGAAGCUGUCAAUUAUAUGCUAAAACAUCCAGUGGUUAAAGGUCCAGGAAUUGGGGUGUUAGGACACUCCAAAGGGGGUGACCUCUGUAUCUCCAUGGCCUCAUUUUUAAAAGGCAUCACGGCAAUAGCCACAGUUAAUGGUUCUAUAGCCAAUGUAGCUACAACAUUACGCUACAAGGAUAUCACCAUUCCACCUCUUGGCACGAAUAUAAAACUAAUCAAAAUUGAUCAGAAUGGGAUCUAUGACAUUAUUGAUGUCCUGAACAACCCACUUGAGGGUCCUGACCGCCAAAGCUUAAUUCCAUUGGAGAAAGCUGAGGGACGUUUUCUUUUUAUUGUGGGAAUGGAUGAUCAUAAUUGGAAGAGUGAAUUUUAUGCCAAGGAAGCUGCCAAUAUUUUACAAGCUCAUGGAAAAGACAAACCUGUAAUCAUUUGCUACCCUGAAACAGGUCAUUACAUUGAACCUCCUUAUACACCACUGUGCCCUGCUUCAGUCCACUUUUUGGUGGGCAAAACAGUGAUCUGGGGAGGUGAACCCAGAGCACACGCAGCAGCGCAGGUGGAUGCUUGGAAGCAUAUUCAAGAUUUCUUUCAUGAAAUCCUCAGUGACAGCAACAGCAAACUGUGAAUGAAUUAGUUAUGACCUGGGUUCAGCAUGAAUAUUUGCUAAGCUAAAUACUGGGGAUGGGAGAAUAAUGCUGGGAAUGGAUAUGAAAUGAGGGCAAGAAGAAGGAAACUCAGGUGAUAAAUCCCAUUUGAACAUUGUUUAUCUAGUCUUCAAAUAUUGUUUCUGCAUUCGGUAUUAAAAUCCUGAAGAUUAGAAAUGCGAUAAAUUAAAUUAAAUUAAAUUAAAUUAAGACUGGGAUCUGCAUGCAAGCAAGAGCACCAGAUGGUGGCCACAACUGAUUUUGAUUUAUUGGUUUAUUUAAAUCUAUAUGGCCAUCCCUUUUGCCACAGUGACCCUGGGUUAUGAGCAGUUUAAAUGGAAACCACCCUAGAAAACCCUAAGAUACGUAAUGCUAAAUAUAUAAUUCAAGUACAAACACCAGCGGAAAAGUCCUGGGAUCCAUUGGGGGGGGGGACGGGACACACCAUAUGCACACAAUCGGGUUCAAAGCCCCAGCUCAUUCCAAGUGACAACUAAAUUCUUCAGCCAGAUUGCACCAGACCUUCAGAAAUAACCAGAGGCUUCCUUUGGAGCCCAACUGGGCUUGAAUGAGGAACAGCAUCAAGCACUGAGCCCACAUUCUCCAAGAGUGACCUGCCCCUGGACUAAGUGCCUGCCUGCACUUGUGAAUGCCUUAAAGGUAGCCCUCAAUUUAUGACCACAACUGAGACCAAAAUUUCUGUUGCAAGACAGUUAAGUGAGUUUGCCCCAUUUAAUGACUUUUCAUGCCACAGUUAAGUGAAUCUUGUUAAUAACAUUUUAAUAAAGUUAAUAACAUGGUUGAUAAAUGAAUCUUGGCUUCUCCAUUGACUGCUUGUUAGGUUGCAAAAGAUGAUCACAGGUCCCUGGGACACUGCAAUCGUCAUAAAUACAUGCAAGUUGCCAAGCAUCCAGAUGUGGAUCACAUGACCAUAGGACUGCUGUGAAUGUCAUAAGUGAAAAUCCUAAAUUACUUUUUGUAGUGCCAUUUGCAACUUCGGUCAUUAAACGGAUGGUUAUAAGUGGAGGACUGCCUUUAAUCUUCCCGCUCACCCUGAAUUCCUCCCCAAUAAGGUGCUAACCUCUCCCAUCAGCCUGAGGGUCCCCUCCUCAUUUUCCCAAUUACCCACUUUUUAUAUAUGUUGUAGGAAGUUCAGUCACAUGGUCAUGGACUUCACCUUGACUUGUUUUUGACAUGCUGAUUUUACUCUUCCAAAUUAGGAAGAAAAAUUAUUUGUAGGUUCGAGUUGUGCAGGUUAACAGUUUGGCAAUUUUGUCUUUAACUUUUAAUGACUUUGAAUUUAUAUAAAACAACCUAAAAUAAUACUGGCAAAGAAAAUUAACUUUAAAAAAUGAAAUAAAUAUGGUGAAAUAGAAAUGUGCCCUCUUCUCUCCAAGUUGUUUUUAGCACAAGAAAGAAGAAUAACUUUAUAUGAAUGAAGAAUUUGCUGUAUAAUAUUCAUCUGCAAAAAUAAUUAAAUUGCACUUAAGAAAAUGUAUUUGCUGCUUCUGUCAAGGGCCAACUGGGGGAAAAGACCAAUCAUUUCAUCAUAUUUUAGAUAGUAAAUAAAGGUUGAUCGUAUAAAUUAACUCAUCCUAAAUUAUACAACUCUGUUAUGCAGAAAAAUCAAACUCCCUACUACUGUGUUAUGUGACUGGAGAAAACUGUUAAUUUCUGGCUGCAGUCCAGUUUAGAAACUUUUCUAUUUUUUAACUUUGCUCUAAAUUUUUCUUACCUUGCUUUUAAACUGUUCUUAUUUUUAUUCUUACCAAAUUUCAUUACCUUUGUUGUUAAAAUUAACAAGACAACAUGCAUGUUGCUGCUAAGUUAAAAUGAGUUUAGAAGUUCAAGAAAUCCUAAAUCAAUAUUUGCAGAUCCAAAUAUGUGUGAUUCCUCGGAUAAUACUUUUUCUUUCUUUUUUCUGCACUGUUGGUGAAAUGUUUCAAAUGAAAUAAAAUUGCUAAUACUUGGUUAA